AUGUCUACGGCCUUCCGAUGCGUUGCGCCGUUCUUGCGGACGGCGCGAUAUGGCUUGCAUAAGGGCCAUGUUAACCCCCUUCGAUCGGCCAUCAAGCACCAGAAUGCUUCUGGUUUCCUCAACAUAUACCGCUCAUACGCCGUUUUUGAGCGAUCCAAACCCCAUGUUAACAUUGGUACAAUUGGUCACGUCGAUCACGGCAAGACUACCCUCACAGCAGCCAUCACCAGGCGACAAGCCGAGAAAGAACUUGCCAAUUUUCUCGAUUAUGGUGCCAUCGACAAGGCUCCUGAGGAGCGUAAGCGUGGUAUCACGAUUUCCACCGCCCAUGUCGAGUACGCAACCGAGAACCGCCACUACUCCCACGUCGACUGCCCUGGUCACGCCGAUUACAUCAAAAACAUGAUCACUGGUGCUGCAAACAUGGAUGGCGCCAUCAUUGUCGUCGCUGCUUCAGAUGGUCAGAUGCCCCAAACCCGUGAGCAUUUACUGCUUGCCCGACAGGUCGGUGUCCAGAAGAUUGUCGUCUUUGUCAACAAGAUCGACACCAUUGACGACCCUGAAAUGUUGGAGCUUGUCGAAAUGGAAAUGCGGGAACUUCUUACCACGUACGGUUUCGAGGGUGACGAAACCCCCGUCGUCAUGGGCUCUGCCCUUUGCGCUCUGAAUAACCAGAAGCCUGAGAUUGGUAUUCAGAAGAUUGAUGAGCUCAUGAAGGCUGUUGACGAAUGGAUCCCCACACCCGAACGUAGCCUCGACAAGCCCUUCCUCAUGUCCGUCGAGGAUGUCUUCUCCAUCUCUGGUCGUGGUACUGUCGUUUCCGGCCGUGUCGAGCGAGGUGUUUUGAAGCGUGACGAAGACAUCGAGCUUGUUGGCAAGGGCACUGAAGUCAUCAAGACCAAAGUCACCGAUAUUGAGACCUUCAAGAAAUCUUGUGACCAGUCUCAGGCGGGCGAUAACUCUGGCCUCCUUAUCCGCGGCGUCCGUCGCGAGGAUGUCCGUCGUGGCAUGGUCGUUUGCAAGCCUGGCACUGUCCAGUCGCACACCCAGUUUCUUGCCUCUCUGUACGUUCUCAGCAAAGAAGAAGGUGGUCGCCACACUGGUUUCCACGAACACUACCGCCCUCAGCUGUAUCUCCGUACCUCUGAUGAGUCUGUCGACUUGACUUUCCCCGAAGGCACAGAGGACCGAAACAAGAUGAUUAUGCCAGGCGACAAUGUCGAAAUGGUUGUCACAAUGACUCACCCUAAUGCUAUUGAGACUGGCCAGCGCUUCAACAUUCGAGAGGGUGGCAAGACCGUAGCUACUGGCCUGAUUACUCGCAUACUAAAAUAA